GCUGCGGCCGGGCCCCUGAGGGCCGCUGGCUCCGCAGGGAUCCUGAGGACCGGCCGGGAACGGGCCUCCUCCUUGCUGAGUCCUGUCUCCACCUGCCAUCUGUCUCUCUCGGCUGCUCCACUGGUGUAUGGACUUGUACAUGAUGAACUGUGAACUUCUAGCCACGUGUAGUGCCCUUGGGUACUUAGAGGGAGACACUUACCACAAGGAACCAGAUUGCUUAGAGAGUGUGAAGGAUUUGAUCCGAUACUUGAGGCAUGAGGAUGACACUCGCGACGUGCGGCGACAGCUGGGGGCAGCCCAGAUCCUGCAGAGUGACCUUCUACCCAUGCUUACCCAGCACCGCCAGGACAAGCCUCUUUUUGAUGCUGUUAUCAGGCUGAUGGUGAACUUGACACAACCAGCCUUGCUCUGUUUUGGCAGUGUGCCCAAGGAGCCUAGCUUCCGGCGCCAUUUUCUGCAGGUGCUAGCUUACUUGCAGGCCUACAAAGAGGCCUUUGCCAGUGAGAAGGCUUUUGGAGUCCUCAGUGAAACUUUGUAUAAGCUGCUGCAGCUGGGCUGGGAGGAGCGGCAAGAGGAAGAUAACUUGCUGAUUGAACGGAUCCUGCUGCUGGUCAGAAAUAUUCUCCAUGUUCCUACUGACCUCGAUCAGGAGAAGAGAAUCGACGAUGACGCCAGUGUCCAUGACCAGCUUCUCUGGGCAAUUCACCUCAGUGGUCUGGAUGACCUGCUUCUCUUUCUGGCCAGCUCGCCCGCUGAGCAACAAUGGAGCCUGCAUGUGCUAGAGAUUGUCUCCCUUAUGUUUCGUGACCAGAACCCUGAACCGCUGGCGGGAGUAGGACAGGGACGCUUAGCGCAGGAGCGGAGCACGGAUGUGGCAGAACUGGAGGUGUUACGCCAGCGAGAGAUGGCAGAAAAGAAGACUCGAGCCCUUCAGCGAGGCAACAGGCAUUCUCGAUUUGGGGGCUCCUACAUUGUCCAAGGCUUGAAAUCCAUUGGGGAGAGGGACCUCAUCUUUCACAAAGGUCUCCACAACCUCCGAAACUACAGUUCAGAUUUGGGAAAGCAGCCCCGAAGGGUGCCUAAACGUCGCCAAGCUGCCCGGGAGCUGUCCAUUCAGCGCCGCUCUGCCCUCAAUGUGAGACUCUUCCUCAGAGACUUCUGCUCUGAGUUCCUAGAGAACUGUUAUAACCGGCUCAUGGGCUCAGUGAAGGAUCACCUGCUGCGGGAGAAGGCUCAGCAGCAUGACGAGACCUACUACAUGUGGGCCUUGGCUUUCUUCAUGGCCUUCAACAGAGCUGCCUCCUUCCGGCCAGGCCUGGUUUCUGAGACCCUCAGUGUCCGUACCUUCCACUUCAUUGAGCAGAACCUCACCAACUACUAUGAGAUGAUGCUGACUGACCGCAAGGAAGCUGCCUCCUGGGCACGUCGGAUGCACCUGGCGCUGAAGGCCUAUCAGGAACUGCUGGCCACAGUGAAUGAGAUGGACAUGUCCCCAGACGAGGCUGUGAGGGAGAGCAGCCGCAUCAUCAAGAACAACAUCUUCUAUGUGAUGGAGUACCGAGAACUCUUCCUGGCACUCUUCCGAAAGUUUGAUGAGAGAUGCCAGCCACGUUCUUUCCUUCGUGACCUGGUGGAAACCACUCACCUCUUCCUCAAGAUGUUGGAGCGGUUCUGUCGGAGCCGUGGGAACCUGGUUGUGCAGAACAAACGAAAGAAGAGAAAGAAGAAAAAGAAGGUCCUAGAUCGGCCUCUGGCAUCUGGAGAUGUCCCCUCUGGUGCAGGGGAACUAGAGACUAUGUGGCUGUCCCUGGCCGAGCAGCUUCAGUGCUGUGCCCAGGACCCAGAGCUCAGUUUGGAAUCCGUGGUUCCCUUUGACGCGGCCUCAGAGGUGCCAGUGGAAGAGCAGCGGGCAGAAGCCAUGGUGCGGAUCCAAGACUGUCUCCUGGCUGGCCAGGCCCAACAGGCCCUGGCCCUCCUUAGAUCUGCCCGGGAGGUAUGGCCAGAAGGAGAUGUGUUUGGCUCUCAAGACAUUUCCGCAGAGGAAGAGUUCGAGCUGCUGAAACAAAUCCUUGGUGCCCCGCUCCCCCGGCAGCAGGGGCCAGAGGAACAAGGGGCAGAGGAAGAGGAGGAGGAGGAAGAAGAGGAGGAAGAGCUGCAAGCGGUCCAGGUGUCAGAGAAAGAAUUUAAUUUCCUGGACUACCUCAAACGUUUUGCGAGCUCAGCUGUCGUGCGAGCCUAUGUGCUGCUGCUUCGGAGUUACCGACAGAACAGCGCCCACACUAACCACUGCCUAGUCAAGAUGCUGCACCGCUUGGCCCAUGACCUCAAGAUGGAAGCCCUGCUUUUCCAGCUCUCGCUCUUCUGCCUCUUCAACCGACUGCUUAGUGACCCAGCCGCUGGGGCCUACCAAGAGCUGGUGACUUUCGCCAAGUACAUCCUGGGCAAGUUUUUUGCAUUGGCUGCCAUCAACCAGAAAGCCUUUGUGGAGCUGCUGUUCUGGAAAAACACAGCUGUGGUUCGAGAGAUGGCCGAGGGCUAUGGCUCUCUGGAUGGCGGAUCUUCCAGUCGCAGACCCCCUAUUUGGAGCCCAGAGGAGGAGGCCCAGCUUCAGGAAUUGUACCUUGCUCAUAGGGAUGUGGAAGGUCAGGAUGUGGUGGACGUCAUCUUGGCUCAGCUGAAAACGCAUCGAACACGCAAGCAGGUCAUCCACCAUCUGGUACGGCUGGGACUGGCUGACAGCGUCAAGGACUUCCAGAGGAAAGGAACCCAUAUUGUACUGUGGACGGAAGAUCAGGAGCUAGAGCUGCAGCGGCUUUUUGAGGAGUUCCAGGACUCAGAUGAUGUGCUGGGUCAUAUCAUGAGGAAUAUCACUGCCAGACGCUCACGGGCCCGGAUCGUGGACAAGCUGCUGGCUCUGGGAGUGGUAGCUGAGCGGAGGGAGCUGUAUAAGAAACGCCGCAAGAAGUUGGUGCCCUCCAGCUCGCCUAACGGAGAGGAGUCCUGGAAAGAUGUUUGCCAGGAGGAUCUGGAAGAAGGAAACCUGCCAGAGGAAGAAAGUGACGAGGGCGAAGAGAAAGAGGAGGACUCAGAAGCAGGGCAAGCCCAGGGUAGCUCAGUCCUUUCAACCGAAGCCCUUGGGCAAAGCCUGUCUCAGGAAGGCUUCUCUGCUCCCCUUCUGUGGCUCCAGAACUGUCUGAUUCGAGCAGCAGAUGAUCGAGAAGAGGAUGGCUGCUCCCAGGCAGUGCCUUUGGUGCCGCUGACGGAAGAAAAUGAGGAAGCGAUGGAAAAUGAGCAGUUUCAACGGCUAUUGCGCAAGCUAGGGGUUCGGCCUCCUGCCUCUGGACAGGAAACCUUCUGGAGAAUUCCAGCUAAGCUGAGUCCUACCCAGCUCCGGAAGAUAGCAGCUUCUUUGAGUCAGCCAGAGGAGGAGGGAAAACUUCAGUCAAGACUAGAACCUACUGUCCCUGAAGAGCAAGGCCCUGAAGAGGAACACCAAAAGGAGUACCAUGCACAGGCCCUACGGGCCCUCCUGUUAGCCAGAAGAAAGAAAGCCGGCCUGGAGUCCCCAGAGGGGGAAGGGCCUGCUGGCGAAAAAGAACAGCUGAAAAUGGCACCCAGGAAACGUCAGCUGCUAGACAGUGAUGAGGAACAGGAGGAAGGCGAGGGCAGGAGCAAAGGCCCAGAGUCAAGAGCUCCAGAAAUCCAAAAGAAGAAACGGUUCCAGAUUGAGGAUGAAGAUGAGAGCGACUGAAGAGCCAGAAGCUUCGGGGAAAGGCAGACCAUUUUUAAGUCAGAGUUCAGAGAGUCACACAGGACCCAGAAACUUCUCUUACCAGACAGAAGCAGAUCUGGGGUUCAGCAAGUUUAGGCAACAGCACUGGACAACUCUGCAGUCACUCCUUGCUUCUCCCAGUUUUAACAGUCUGACUCAGUAGCUCUCCAGAGACUUACUCCUCUUCUUUUAGAGUCCAUUUCUUUGGGUUAGCAGUGCCCCUUAGCAAAUGGGAGAAGUGAGUAACAUAUAGAAGGCACCUUGGAACACUUUUGGCUUUCUGCUAGAGGUGGGUCAUAACACCAGAUGGGGAGCUUUGUGACAUGAUGGGGGGCAGGGGGUUGCACCAGUUUUAAAAGGCACCAGAUGCUCCCAUCCUCAUUUCUUUUCUGUGAUCACCCCCUAGUCACCAGAUUGAACCUAAUUCCAGCAGUUGAGGUAGGGUUAGGAUGCAGUACUCUCUAGAUGACGAAUGUGUUUGGUAUUAAAUUAAACGUGUUUAAUUAAAUUAAAAGUCAC